UUUCAACAGCAUCAUCUGUAUCUUCUUCUUUAGCAAUCAUCCUCUGUAUUGUGUGCAUAUUUUAUAUCUUUAUUUCCAUUGUAGAUUUUUAUUAAUUAUAAAAUGAUAAAUUGUCAACGUGCCCAUCUCAGUGCUACUUGAUUUACCAUUUGUAAUGAAUUAUCAUUAUCAGUCUUGACCUGUUAUUUGUGUAACCAAUAGCUUUUACAGCUACAGUCUUUUUGUUUACUUGUUUUUAUUUAUUGAAUAUAUUUUUAUUGUACGAUUAUCUGAGUCAGAUUAAUUUUAAUCCUUUCCUUUUUACAUUGUCCUUAAGUUGUUACAUCCUGUUGAUCACUCAACUGAAUCAUCUUAAUUACUCUUCGACUCACAACUGGAUCGAGACUUUGAACUGCAUCGUCCACAUUACUUGUCAGCCUUGUUUAUGUGUUUUGUAGACGUUGUUGUAACGCAAAUUUUGAUAUCAGUGAUUUCCGUUUAAAAGAAAAAUUUGUCUAAAAACUGAAGCAGUCAAAGUAAGCUAACAACUUUUUAGAAUAAACUGUUUUGCUGUCAGUUGAUGGUGAUCAUCGGCGUUAUUUCUUCAUCACCAUCCUCACCAGACCAUUCACAUGGAUAUCAAAGUGACUUUAGUAUUAGUGAUAUUUAAUUUAGGCUUUGCUUAUGGGUUUUUUGAAGGCAUCUACUGUGGUGUUGACAACUGUUAUGAUGUUUUAAAUGUUACUCGAGAGUCAACCAAAGAAGAAAUUACAAAAGCUUAUCGUAAAUUAGCGAGGAAACACCAUCCUGAUGUUCAUAAGACUGCUGAAGCCAAAGCUGAGGCUAGUGAGAAAUUCACUAAACUAGCCGCCGCAUAUGAAAUUUUACGAGAUGAUGAACAGAGAAAGGAUUACAAUUAUAUGCUGGACAAUCCAGAUGAAGUGUACAGACAUUAUUAUCAUUACUAUCGGCGUCGAUAUGCACCGAAAGUCGAUGUUAGGAUCGUUAUCGUUAUUACCAUCACUGUAAUCUCUGGUAUACAGUACUGGGCUUGUCUUUCCAAAUAUAAUGAAGCUAUCGACUAUUUUUUAACUAUUCCUAAAUACAGAAUCAAAGCCACCGAGAUAGCAAAAGAUGAAGGUUUGCUGGACCAUUCAGCAGCUAAUAGAAAGAAGAAUAGAUUCAAAAGCAAAGAUGAGAUAAGACAAGAAGAGGAGAGGGUUUUGAGAAAAAUUAUCGAAGAAAAAAUGGACAUUAAAGGAGCCUACGCUAAACCUAAAAUUACUGAUGUUCUUUGGAUCCAAUUGUUUCUUCUUCCAAUCACCAUAUUCAAUUGGAUUUACUUCCAGAUUCGAUGGAUCUAUAAAUUUAGCAUUUGUAAAGAAGAAUACGGCGAUGAAGAGUUCGAAUAUUUAAUUAGAAAAAAUAUGAGUUUAUCUAAAAGUCAAUAUGAUGCUCUCGAUGCUGAUGAAAAACUAGAGUAUCUUGAAUUAGAGCUGUGGGACAAAGAUAAAUUUAAAACAUGGAAGCAGGAAAAGGACGAUGAAAUGCGAGCCAAAUUAGCGGAAAGUGGGGUAGCUAAAAGAUACCGCCGUUGGAAAAAGAAAGGUGGACCUGGUCAAAUAACAUUCUUAGAUGAUUAAAUUAAUUCUCUUUUUUACCCAUACAAAGAAUUUAUAUCACUUUAUAUCUUAUAUCUUCUCCUUUUGGAAACUCUGUCUCUUCCUCUUAACUCCUAUCAUUUUAAUCUGGCUUGAAUUCUUUUCUACAAUAAAAUGAGCUUGAUUUUCCAACUUCA